CUGGCCUAUCCUCUCUGUCUCAACCCUUUUAUUGAACCCCCUGCUCGUCCAUCCAUUCAUUGCCAUACAUUCUUUCACUUUUGCUUCUUGUUUGUGAGAGAUCAGAGUAACAGAGUUAGUUAUGGCCACCAAGGUUGCGCUUCUUAUGUUCUUGUGUGUUCUUCCGGCGAUGGUUGCAGCCAUCCGCCCAGCAAAGAACCCCUUCUGCGUGCAGGGCCGUGUGUACUGUGACCCUUGCCGUGCUGGUUUUGAGACCUCUGCCACCACCUACAUUGCUGGUGCUGAGGUUGUGGUUGAAUGCAUGGACAAAACCGGAACUGAAGUUGUGUACACAAAGAAGGGAAGGACAGACUCAACUGGAUCAUACACCAUCUACGUCGAGGAGGACCACGCCGACCAAAUCUGUGACGCCAAGCUCGUGAGCAGCCCUCACCACCGAUGCAAGGUGGUGACCCCAGGGCGCGAACAGGCACGUGUUGCCCUUACACGCCAAAACGGCAUUGCCUCCGACACCAGGUUCGCCAAUGCCAUGGGAUUCAUGACCGAAGAUGUUGCUGCUGGUUGUGCCGAGAUCCUCAAGCAAUACCAGGAGUUUGAUAAUGAGAAUUAAUUUAUUUAUAUAGUUCACUUUUAGCAAAUCUAGUAUGUGUCCUGUAAUGUUUAUCAAUCUCUGAUUUGCGGAUUUGAGUUUUCCCUGAUUGAUGAUGAUGAUGAUGUUUAUUUAAUUCAAUCUUGAUAGAGAUGGAUUGUUAUCUCAAAAUUUUCAUUUUAUGAUGAUAUAUAUAUGUAUGAUAAUGGACCUUGGCUAUAUUAUAAUUUAUCUGAGUUAAUUGAUCUUGGACUAGAA